AUGUGCACCAUCAGACAGAUAUCCAUGAAUCCAAACACAUACGCACUCCAUGAGAAUGAUACUGAGUCCGACCAUGUCACACAAGUGAUCAAAAAUAAAGACAGCAACUGCAGGAACCCAUUCAACAUUCUACCUUCAAAUCUCGCGAACCCUUGCACUCAACUCUUCAACUCUAACCUUAACCUUAAAACCUUAACCUUCAAACCUUAA